UAUAUAUAUGAACAUCAAACACUCUUACCAUAUACUUCUAUGAAAUAAAAAAUAUUGGGCCUACGUGUCUCAUCCUCCUCUCUUAAGAACAGAAAAUACACUAGAAUUAUACAGUUCAAUUCUCGUCUCAUUCUUCUUAUGAUUCAAAAACAACCCGGAACAGAGUUUGAUUCUCAUCCCCCUCUCAUGCAAAUCCAAAUACCCUAGAAACAAAGUUCAAUUCAAUCCUCCUCCCAAUAGGUCGGUGUGCAAGAAACUCAUCAUGGAGAAAGAAGCACUACCUAAACAUUAGUGACCAUUGUCUGUCAAGUCUAGAAACCCAAGCGGUCAAUUCUCGUCAUCAUCUUCCUCAAACUCAUUACCCUAGAAACAAAGUUUGAUUCUCGCUCUUCUCUUCCUACGAAUCAAAAUACUCUAGAAAUAGAGUUUAAUUCUCGUCUUCCUCUUCCUCCCAAUCACAAUGGAUACGAUGAGUUGCUGGAAUGCGAGCACAAGUGACUACUCAACAAUGAAUGGAGCAAACGGUGCACGUUCAAACAAGUUGCCUUCUUCAAGGUACAAAGGAGUAGUGCCACAGUCAAAUGGCAGGUGGGGAGCUCAAAUAUACGACAAGAGUCAUCGUGUAUGGUUGGGAACCUUCAAUGAUGAAGAAGAAGCUGCUAAAACCUACAACAUUGCCUUGCUAAAGUUCCGGGGUCUUGAUGCCAUCACACACCUCAGUCGAAGCCAAAUGAAACCCUACGGACGUGAUGUCACGGAGGCUCUUUUCUUGGAAUCCCAUUCCAAGGCUGAAAUCAUUGACAUGCUUCGAAAACAUUCUUAUGCCAACGAGCUCGAGAUGUACAAGCAUAAGUUGCACAAUGGUAGUGCUCUUGGCCUUGAUGAUGGUGGAAAGCGUACGAAGUGUUACCUUUAUUUAAUGGACACGUGUAGUCGCGAGAGGGAGUUGCUUUUCGAGAAAGUGGCAACACCAAGCGACGUAGGGAGAUUGAACCGCAUGGUUAUACCAAAACAACAUGCCGAGAAGCAUUUUCAGGUUCAUCUGAGUGUAGGGUUUGGUAAAGGGGUGUUGUUGAAAUUUGAGGAUGAGUUGGGGAAGGUGUGGAGGUUUGGGUACUGUUAUUGGAGUAGUAGUCAGAGUUAUGUGUUGAGCAAAGGGUGGAUUCGUUUUGUGAAGGAGAAGAAGCUGAAAGCUGGUGAUAUUGUGAUGUUUCAGAGAUCGGUAGGGGAGGAUAAGAAGCUGUUCAUUGAGUGUAGACCUAGAAAAGUCGAUGUUUCGCGGAUCGAGGAGAUGCAUGGUAGGGUUGCUGGCCCUUUAGCGACGGUUCAAGAUGAUGGAGUGGUGAGGUUGUUCGGAGUUAACAUAUCAUGAAAACAUGUGCAUUGUAGAGAAUAGCAGGUGUUGGAGGCUUUGACCAUGUUCAAUAAGUUAAAAGUCAUCCUUUUAUUUUCCUUUAUUUUCUUUUUCUUUUUGUCAUAGAUAAUUAUAUGACAAAGCUCGUGGCAUAUAGAACGAUUGGGUAAUUUUCAAGUUUAAUAAAAGAACGACAAUAUCCUAAUCCCAUCGUUCUGUAACCAAAUGCCAUCGUUUUGCAAAUUUAAGGGGAACGUUAUAUAAACACACAAAACUGUACUUACUCACAAAAUCUUUAAUGUAAGUGAGUAGUAGAGUUCAUUUGUAUUAAUUAGAGUGUAAAAAAU